AUUCUAUACCCCAACUCUUCUCCUCAUCCCAUCUCUCCCUCUCCCUCUCCGCCUCGUCUUCUUUUUCUCCCUUUUCUUUAGUCGAUUUUUCUGAUCUUGGUCUGCGAAACCCGGCAAAACUCAGCUCGGUCCCCAUUAAAUCUGCAACUUCUUCAUCGUCCCUUUAACCAAGCAUGGCUAAAGCUGUGAACGAUGCUGAGUUAUGGCUUCCCUCGCAGUUCCUCGUCGGCAAGGAGAACGAUAAGAAUGGCGUCAACGCUGACUUGGAUGCUUCCUUCGGCUUCCCUUCCGAGUUCCCCUAUGAGUUUGACUCGUUCGGGAUCUCUGCCUCGGCCAUGAGCUCGCCGGUGGAGUCGGUGGCUGGUUCGACGGAGACUGACAGCAGUGGUAGCGACGUCGACGAGGACUUCUUUGCCGCCUUGACUCGCCGGCUGAGUCAAUCGUCGCUCUACGACACUCCAAAGCUCACUGUCCCCACUUUCUGCGAUAGGGACAAAACUGAGGUUCAGAAGGCUCAUGGUUUAGCCCGGUCGCCCCAGUCGACGUUAAGCGGAAUCGGAAGCUGGUCCGGUAGCAGUGCCGUCUCCGGCGACAGAAGCCCGACCAUAGGUUUUCCAUCCCCUCCAACGACGCCGUUUCCUGCCAAGAACGACCUCGCUUGGGACGUCAUCUAUGCCGCCGCGGGACAAGUCGCGAGGCUGAAGAUGAACAGCGAAAUGUCCAAGUACGAUUUCCAGAACAGCGCGUUUCUCGGCGCCCCUCGAGCUACAAUUUCAAAGAAUCACGCCUCAUCGCUGUACUCAAACCAGAACUUCAUUCAGGUUCAGUCUCAACAGGCGAGGCAGCAACACUGCGCUUCCGUGUGGGGAAGGCAAGCUAAAGCGGACUGGCUUGCUCAGCAGCAGCAGAAAAUUCAAAACAGAGCUGGGCGCAAUGUUGGGUAUGAGAGUGUGAAAUGUGGGCGUCCAUCGUUGUCUGUGUCCCAGUCUGCUUGGCCUCCUGUUCAAGUUCAAGCCCAUAACCAUCAACAGCUGCAGCUCAGUGGAUCUGGAUCGAGAGCCGCCGUGCACGGCGGAUCUGCUGGCAGAAGGGGAUGUGGUGGAACAGGGGUUUUCCUCCCUCGUCAGUAUGGGAAUCCCCCAGAGUCACGCAAGAAAACAAGUUAUACACCUGUUCUGCUUCCGUCGAAGGCUGUUAAUGCUCGGAACUUGAAGAUCGAUGACCUGAAUGCCGCUAAUCAAACGGGCUUCUCCGGUGCAUUUGCCACCGAGUAUGAUGCAUUAAUGGCUCGAAGAAAUGCUUUACUGAUGCAACAACAGAGAUUAAGUGGUCGGCCUGAGGAGGCAGUAAACCACGACCUACGCUUGCCACAGGACUGGAUGUACUGACGGAAGCAAGAAGAUUCAAUUUUCUCCAAGCUAGUUGAGGAGACAAGGGCAAUAGGGGGUAUUGCGUAGGGAAUAUGGUAUUUUGGUUUUUAAUUUUUUGGAUAGGGAUUUAAGAAGAUAUUCAAGAAUGUCGUGGUAGCUUUAGGUGCAAUAAAGCAAUAUCUAUUUUUUUGGGAUAAGAUUGCAGGUUGUAGGAUGUGGCUUUUGGUUGCUUAAACAGUGAAGAAGAAAUAGGAGUUUUAGGUUUUUAUUUUGGUUGUAAUAAGCUAAAGCAUGUGCCGUCUUCUUGUUCCCUGCACUUGAGGGGGUGAUGGGUGGGAAGGAAGAAGAAAGGCGAGAGGGAAGAAGUGUGAAGCAGUUAGUAGUGUCAGGGAUUGAGAGUUUUUACUCAGAAACUUGUAAAAUCCCUGGCUGGUAAAAGUAUGUAAUAACUUAUACUAAGUAAUAAUAUUAAAUAUUAAUUAUUA